UCGGCUUGCCCCGAGCGUGGCACAUGCGCAGUCCUGUCGCGGCAGCCGAGCCGGGGGACUCCGCGUUGAGCGGCUGGGCAGCGGGAGACAAAGCGACUGAGCAAUGAAUGGGACGGGCGCGCUGAAGUCUUCGCUCUAGCGGCUGGCCCGCGAUCGGCCCCCUGGCGAAGCGGGAGGUGGUCGCGCUUGAGGCAAAGACGGAUCUGGAGAUAUUGUCUGCAAUGAAGCCAACAAGAGAUAGUAGAUCAGAUAGUAAGUCGUUUGUGGAAGUUGCCACAUCCAGUUAUUCAUGUGGUACCUCAUCAGGAGGAUCAAACCUAGAGGAUGAUAUGAACAGACUGUAAUGAAUUGUGAGUUGGGAAGGAAUCCAAGGCUGCUCCUCACAAUAUGAAGCAUUUAAUACAAGCACCCAUCAAAAGUAAUUUAUGACUUGGAAAUCAUAAGAUCCUGGAGGGAUGAAAGAGAUGCUGUACAUUGAAUCAGAUUAUUUUUCAUAAGUUUGCAUUAAAAACAUUUUUUCUCAAACAGCAAAUUAGAGAAUACAAAUAUAUGUUACCACCAUAUCCUUUUUUUGAAUUAGUUGUUAGAAUUUAACUACAGUUCUUCAGUUUAAGGUAUGAAGACACAGCAGAAAUAACUGAAGUCAACCAUGGAUACAAAUAGGGCAGAUUCUCUCCAAAUUGACGGUAAUGUUGUGAUAGAUAAAAUCAACAAUUUAAAAGUAGAACCAGAAGAUGAUAGUAAUUGUGCUUUAGAGACAGUGGAUAUUAAAACCGAGCCAGAAGACUUACGACAGACAGACAGCAGUGAUGAGCCAGAUGACAGAGAGAAGAGUUUCAUCCGCAGCAAUUCAGGCAAAUACAUCUCUGCAGAAAAUGAAGAUGAUUAUGGAUCUCUGUUUUCCCAGUACAGCAGCACCCUUUAUGAUGUAGCAAUGGAAGCUGUAACACAGAGUCUUCUUUCAAGCAGAAGCAUAAGCUCCCGAAAAAAGUCCCCUGCUUGGAAUCAUUUUUUUAUAUCUCCUAGAGAUAGCACAAAAGCAAUAUGUAUGUACUGUAUGAAAGAGUUCAGCAGGGGUAAAAAUGAAAAAGACUUAAGUACAAGUUGUCUCAUGAGGCAUGUGAGGAGAGCCCAUCCUACUGUCCUCAUUCAAGAGAAUGGAAGUCUCCCAACUAUACCUUCCUUUCCUUCCCCUUCAUUGUUAUUGCCACAUCAGUCUGCAGAUGUUGGAGAUCUAACCAGCAUGUUAGCACCUAUACAACUGGUUAAGAAAAGUGUUUCCAAAAUUCCAUCACCAGAUCAAAUUACUGAGGAGUCUGUUCCUGUCAUUUCUGCUGAAGAAAUGCCAUCAGAUCUGUCAUUUACUGAAAAGAGCAAUAAAGAAGAAACUAUUGUUGCAUCAUCUCAACAGUUUUCUGGCAACCAGUGUGAAGAAACAGUGGAUAACAUAGCAGAGAAAACAGUCCAAGUUCCUAAGAGUUCAUCUGGCUCUAGGAGAAGAUCUGCAGUCUGGAAACAUUUUUAUUUGUCUCCUUUAGAUAACUCAAAAGCUGUUUGCAUUCAUUGCAUGAAUGAAUUCAGUAGAGGAAAGAAUGGUAAAGAUCUCGGAACUAGUUGCUUAAUACGGCACAUGUGGAGAGCCCAUCGUUCUAUUGUUCUACAAGAGAAUGGAGGUGGUUCAAGCAUUCCCCCACUAUACACAGCUCCUCCAACUUUGUUGCCACCUUUAUUGCCUUCAGAGGGUGAUCUGAGUUCUGUGUCUUCUCCUGGAAAACUGGCUAAGGAACCAACAUCUGUUUGUUCUUCUCCAGAUAGAAUGAUUGAAGAAAACAAUUCACAUCUCCCUUUGGGAGAUGCACUCAUGGAAGACUCGUCGUUAUUGUCAUCGGAUGACAUAGGUGAAGCUUCUUUAGUUUCUUCCCCUGAAAAUAGCCCUUUGAUAUUUGAACAUGGUGCUGUUUUUCAUCAGAAUAAACGAAUGAUGCGGAAGCUUAAGUCGGAAGUGUGGCAUCAUUUUUCUUUGUCUCCAGGGAAUAGUCUAAAAGUCAUGUGUAGACACUGUAAUUGUUUGAUAAAUCAUGGGAAAAAAGGUGAUGUGGGCACAAGCUUUUUAACGAGACACUUAUAUAGACACCAUCCUGAACUUAUUGGGAUCCAGAAGAAUUUUAUGGAUGUGAGUUUAGCAAAUUCUCCUUAUGCGACUCUGGCUUCUGCAGAAUGUUCAUCUUCAAAACUGACUGAAUUACCCACAAUGGUUACUAAGGAUCGUCAAAUCAUAUUUCCUGUUAGUAGCAAAAAGACCUCAAAACUGUGGAAUCAUUUCUCAAUUUGUUCUGCAGAUUCAACUAAAGUAAUAUGUAUGCACUGUGGACGUACAAUAAGUCGGGGGAAAAAGCCAACCAAUCUGGGUACCAGUUGCCUUCUAAGACAUUUACAGCGGUUUCAUAACAGUGUCCUGAAACCAGAUGCCUCAGAGCCAGUAUUGUCCUCGUCUACAAACAGUCGUGUGCCAUUGAGCACAAGUUUGUUGGGCACAUCAUCAUUUGAUGAAGCCAGUGACAAAUUUUCUGACACUCACCCUGUUGCCAAAAAAAUCACAACUCUUGUAGCUGAAAUGAUUGCACUUGACCUUCAGCCAUAUUCUUUUGUAGACAAUAUUGGCUUUAAUCGAUUGCUUGAAUACUUGCAGCCUCAGUAUUCCUUGCCUUCACCAUCUUAUUUUUCUAGGACAGCAAUUCCUGAUAUGUACGAUAGUGUGAAACAAAUAAUUGUUUCACAUCUUAAAGAAGCUGAAAGCGGAGUAGUUCAUUUUACAUCUGGAAUAUGGAUGAGUAACCAAACCCGAGAAUAUCUAACCCUUACUGCUCAUUGGGUAACAUUCGAGUCAAGGGUUCGACCACAGUGUGAAGAUUAUCAUUGUUCAGCUCUGUUAAAUGUGUCACAGAUUGAUUGUGACUACAGUGGUAUCAGCAUUCAGAAGCAACUAGAAUAUUGGUGGGAAGCAUGGAUAACAUCAUUUGGGCUUCAAAUUGGGAUUACUGUUACAGAUAAUCAGACUAUAGGGAAAACUUUAAACGAAGGGGAUCAUUCAAGUGUGCAGUGCUUUGGUCACACAGUUAACCUCAUAGUUAAUGAAGCUAUUAAAAGCCAGAGAAUGGUUCAGAACUUGCUUAGUAUUGCAAGAAAGAUUUGUGAACGUGUUCAUCGGUCAGCAAAAGCAAGAGAGAAACUGGCAGAGCUCCAGAAAGAGUAUCACUUGCCCCAGCAUCAAUUAAUUCAAGAUGUUCCAUCAAAGUGGAAUACAUCAUUCCAUAUGCUUGAAUGCCUUAUUGAACAGAAAAGAGCAGUUGAUGAAAUGUCCAUAGAGUGCAGCUUCAGAGAAUUAAUAAGCUGUGAUCAAUGGGAAGUGAUGCAGUCAGUCUGUCAUGCUCUCAAGCCUUUCGAAGUUGCACGCAGAGAGAUGAGUACACACAUGUCCACUUUAAGCCAGGUAAUUCCAAUGAUUCACAUUCUCAACAGGAAAAUAGACCUACUGUUUGAGGAAACAAUGGGUAUAGAUACCAUGCUGCAGUCUUUAAAAGAAGCUAUGGUGAGUAGAUUGUCUUCUACACUUCACGAUCCAAGGUACAUUUUUGCUACUCUUUUGGAUCCUCGUUACAAGGCCUCCUUAUUCACAGAGGAGGAGGCUGAACAGUAUAAACAGGACUUAAUCAGGGAGCUAGAAAUAUUAAGUGCUACCUCAGAUGAUGAGAAACCUGUUUCCAAUGGGUGUGGUAUGGGUUCACCAUCUAAAAACUCUUAUGGGGACAGUAACCUUUGGUCACUUAUGGAAGACAUGAAAAAAGUAAAAGUUCCAAAAGAGAAGGCUAAAUUGCCAGAAGAAAUGGUGCUUUUGUACUUGGAGGAAGAAGUUCUUGAGCAUAACUGUGAUCCUCUGACAUACUGGAACUUUAAGAAGUCAUCUUGGCCAGCUCUUUCCAAGUUGGCUGUCCGAUUCCUGGGUUGUCCUCCAAGCAUUGUUCCAUCGGAAAGAUUGUUCAGUACAUCCAAUGAAAACAGCAGCUUUAGCCAGUCAAGGCUAGCAAUGGAACACUUUGAAAAACUUAUUUUUUUGAAAAUAAAUCUUCCUUUGAUAUACUUCCAGUAUUGAAACUAAUGAACAAGCUGUUAUUGCUCAUUGGAUAAUUACUGUAUUUGUAACUUGGUUUGUUAAAUUGCUCCAGUAGGGGCCAUGUAUGACAUCUAAUCAGUGAUGGUAGUUCCCAAUUCUAGUUUUAUCGUUCAGCUUUCUAUAUGUCUACAUGUGCCUUAUUAAUUGUUCUUCAGGCCAGAUACUGUACAUACAUGUUUUUUACAGGUUCUUACUAGAAUUAGCUUGUCUUUGUCUUAAUCUCACAAAACUAUGUAGGUUUUAAUUGAUAAUUGUAAAUGAAGUUUUAAAACAGUUAUUUGAAUAGAAAGGCAAACAAAGAUGUAAACAGUUCUAUUAUGUAGUUUUCUAUUUGAUUAUGUAAAACCCGUAAACCAGGUACUGUAUAUUAGUUAAAUAUUGCUUUAAUUACAAUGAAAAAGAACAUUUUCUAGCUGUCAGAAGAAAACUGUACAUAAAAGGUGGAAUUGAAGCCAUCUUUUUACAUAAUAGGUUUUAACUGCAGGUCUAAUGUACUUAAAGGAUUAUGAGAAUAUUCAAGUAUGAUGUAUGUACUUAAAGGUGGCUAUUGAGUUAGUGUUGGAAUAAACUAAGGUUAGAGGUAUUACAAAACAUCAGUUAUCAGUACUCUAUAAUCUUGCCAUCCAGUGGUCCCUUUUCAGGUUUUUUACACUGUAACUGAAUUAGAGCUUGAGUAUUUAUAAGGUCGGGGGGGAGGGGUGUUUAUUUUCAGUUUUGUUUGUAGUUGUUAAUUUAAUACAUUGUAUUUGAAAGAAAAGUACAAGGAGUUGGCAGUAUGCUGUAUCAUUUUAAAACAAAGUGCAUCCAAACAUCCAGUACUACUCCUUGGUGUAAAAAUGAAGCCCUGGUUUUCCAAGGAACUGAAAAUCAUAUAUUAUGUCCUCUUUUUAAGUUCCUGUUGCAAGAAGCUGACUGUCUGAUUCUCAUCAAAUAUUCCCUAUAGAACAGUUCCCUGCUUAGAAUGUGAUUUGCUAGAAUUGACCCAUAAUUGACAGUGUUGGUAAGGCAAAUAAAAUAUUGUAGUACCCUCUAAGCCUCAAACUGAGGUUUAAGAAUAGACAGCAUUUUAAUUGUAAACAGUAUGCUUUGUGUUUUUUUUUUAAUUAAAGGUUCCUCUCCCCAUUUCUGUGCAUUGAUGAAAUUCUUCAGGGAAAUGGGAGUUGCCUAUGACCUUUAGGAAAGAUGUAGUUUUGUUAAAAUACUGUACCUCUGCAUAAUUUCUUUUUGCAUUUACUAUGUUUUAGUGUAUUUAUAAAUGGUGAAUUGAGUUUCUGAAAUUAAACAUUUUAUUUGCAA